UCUGCUCCUCGUCCCUCCCUUCACCCACCAUCAUAAUCUAAACCACUCGCUUUUGCUGGAUCCUCCUCUUUCUGACCUCUAAAAAUUGGAGACCAAGGGCUCCAUUUCAGACCUCAUCUCUUUGCUCCCUAGGUGAGCUCACCAGUCGAUGACUUGAAAUGCCUUUAGUCCAAAGGAUAUCAAGGGGAUGACCCCACCCAUCCAGCUACAUUAUCUUCAAUUUGCCUCUCUUCAUCAGGGAGAAGGUCCUAGCUGAGAUGGAAAUCAAAAGAUCCCUAUGUUCUAAAUUUAGAGCUGUUUGUCUUUGGAGAGGCUUCUUUCUCUCUGGGUACAUAGUUUCAUUUUAGCUUAGGGGAGAAGGUCUUUCAAAAAGUUCCUAUCCCGCUCUGAAUAUCAGCUUCCAGUGUGACCAACUUCUGACCGUAGAGCUACUUUUUAAUCCUUUCAAACACCUUGUUAAGUUGCAGUGGGAGCAAAGAGUAAAGAUUCCUGGCAGUAUGGACGGGCUCCAGGGAUGCAAGAGGUGUCCCCAGAGAGGGUGCAAAAGAUAGCACCCUCCCAAGGUCCAGAGCCACUCCCAAAGGUGGCCAAAAGAAAGAGGACUGAGACAAAUUCCCUGAGAGCUGGCAACAGGCGGGAAGACCCUAGCUGCAAAUGGGGUGCAACCCACACUUCUGUCCGGUCACAUUUCGGGGCCCCCAACCCAAUGUUGAGCUGCCUGCAUAUGUAAGAACUGAUAAUCUGCAGGCCCCUUGUAGACAGGAGGUCAAGCAAGUCCUCGGGACACGAAACCAGACAGACAAGGAGGCUAUAGCUGUCCCCGGGAGAGAAAAGAUGGACAACCACUGCGAACCUGAAUUCACAAGAGUCUGGAGUUGGAAAGGAAGGGGCAAUGUGGAAUCUUACCUUACUUUUCGACAGGGCUCUACAAAGAUCCGGGAGAGCUGAUUCUGGUAAGAAUUCCCACCCUUUGCACCUGCACCCCAAUGUUUAAAGCAGCAAUGUCCACAGUAGCCAAACUAUGGAAAGAGCCUAGAUGUCCAACAACAGAUGCAACGACGUGGAUAGAACUAGAGGGUGUUAUGCUAAGUGAAACAAGUCAAUCAGAGAAAGACAAUUAUCAUAUGAUCUCACUCAUAUGCGGAAUUUAAGAAACUAAACAGAGGAUCAUAGGGGAAGAGAGGAAGAAAUAAAACAGGACAGGGGCGCCUGGGUGGCUCAGUCGUUAAGCGUCUGCCUUCAGCGCAGGUCAUGAUCCCAGGGUCCUGGGAUCGAGCCCCGCAUCGGGCUCCCUGCUCAGCAGGAAGCCUGCUUCUCCCUCUCCCACUCCCCCUGCUUGUGUUCCCUCUCUCGCUGUCUCUCUCUGUCAAAUAAAUAAAUAAAAUCUUAAAAAAAAAAAAAAAUAAAGAAAACAGGACAAAAUCAGAGAGGGAGACAAACCAUAAGAGACUCUUAAUCACAGGAGACAAACUGAGGGUUGCUGGAGGGGAGGUGGUGGGGGAAUGGGGUCACUGGGUGAUGGGCAUUAAGGAGGGCACGUGAUGUAAUGAGCACUGGGUGUUAUAUGCAACUGAUGAAUCACUGACCUCUACCUCUGAAACCGGUAACACAUUAUCUGUUAGUUAAUUGAAUUUAAGUUUAAAAAGAGAGAAAAAAAAGAAUUCUCACCCUUUGCCAGAUUCUGCCAGGUUUCCCAGGCCCCCACCUGCAGUCUGCUGACACAGUGCCCCCGGGGCAGGAGUGGGGCUCCACCUGGGGCCUAGAAAGUUAUUCCAAAAGACCCCCAAGCUUAGGCGGUUGGAUUAAAGCUGAGCCUCGCAAGGAGAGAUCCUUGAAGAUGUGAAUUGUGCCAACAAUAGAGAAGAGGACCAAGGACUGGGAGUGUGCAGGGAAGAGAAGGAACCAGUGAAGAAGACAGAAGCAGGUGCAGAGGGCGUGGGCCCAGGGAAGUGACUUCCAGAAGGAGGAGGGCCAGAGGCUGUGCUGGCUCAAGUAAGGGGAGCCCUGAAAAAGUCACUGAAUGCAGUGGCAGUGAGCUCACUGCGGACUGGGGUGCAACAGGGACAAAAACUUCAUGGGAAUCAAUCCAAAAAAGAAUGUGAAGAGAGAAAUUGGAGGUGAAUGCCAGUAACACUUUUGUGGGAUUGUACUAGAAAUAGUAGCAGGAAAAGAGGUGGGUGCCGAAGAGAGGCAUUAAGAGGGAGGGGACUUUUCUGAGGAUUGGGACGGAAAUGGCAUAUUUGGUUUUUUUCUUAAUUUAAUUUAAUUUACUUAUUUUUUUAAGUAACCGCUAUCCCCAACGUGGGGCUCGAACUCACGACCCCGAAAUCAAGAGUCAAAUGCUCUUCCAGCUGAGCCAGCCAGGCACCCCGGAAACUCGCAUAUGUGUACAUUGGUGGGAACUAUCCAGUAGGGAGGGAAAGACAGAUGCCAAAGAGGCUUGAGGUGGAGAGGUGGGCUGCAGGGCACACGGCGAGGAGGCCAUGAUGAGGAGGAGCAUGUGGGCCAUGGAGGUGGCAGGAGCGAAGGCAGAACGGGGGGGGGGGGGCUGAGGCAAGUCAGAGAACGAGACUGUUGGCUUCUGAUGACUUCUAUUUCCUUAGUGAAAUGAGGAGAAAGGACAUCUUUUGAGAGAGGAUGAAGGAGAAGGGGACAUAAAAUAGCUCUGGAAGGGUAUGCUCCCAUAGAAGGCUAACAGAAAUGCAAUGCACCAUCACCAAACCAGGACAGAAGAAAUAUACAGCAAGAAAACGCAGUGGGUUCCAUAGAAAAUAGGAACAAGGAAACAAAGAUGUAAAGGGAAAAUACAGCAAAGAAGAAAACAUACCGGAAGUCCACGCAUGACAGUAAUUCCAAUAAAUGUGAACAGGCUAGAAUCGCCAGCUAAAGGCAGAGCCUUUCUGUUUGGGUUUUACAAAAGGAGACGUUAAGCUUGGCUUGCAACCCAGAAUGAGGAAGCUGAACGUGCCAAUGACCGGAGCAGACUCUAGAAGUAUUUACACCCAAGUGUCAACAGUGGCGGUCACUGGUUGGUGAGUUUAGGACUGAUCUUUGUUUUCUCUGUACCUUUCCAUAUUUUCUGAAAUUUCUGGAAAACAUGUGCGUUAAUUUUAUACUCCGGAAAAAAAAAAAUAGAAGCUGCUGUUAAAACCAGCUGGAGCAAAUUUUAACAGCGCCUGCACCUGCUGUCCACAUCUGUGCUGGUCCCAAAGAUGCUCUAGGGAAGGGUCCCUGCCCUCCAGGACCUGGCUGGAAAUGCGACCAGCCAGACAAUAAUAGAAGGGUGCAGGUCAGUGCAAAGAUGGGGCUCCACUCCUGACUUAGAGCCCAGGAAGGAGGCAAGAAUAAGCCAGCAGAGCCCCCUGGAGGAGGCGGCCCUUGUCGUGCCAGCUGGGGAUGAGUGGCGGCAGACAACAGAGGGCGGGGGCUGGGGGGGCAGGGCCGCACCGGCGGGGAGGUGGGGGUGCAGAUGGCUGCCACCGAGGACUCAGGCCCAGGCCACACACACACACAUACACACGCACACGCGCGCGCACACGGAGGCCCUCGCAGCCUACAGGUGUCGCUCCUGGCUCACGCCAGUCCCAGGAUCAGUAAGAACCCCGGCCAGCGGUCUCCUGCGUGAGCCCUGGAGAGUCCCCCUGUGAGGCGGGCAGGGGUGCCGAGGGGGGUGGCAGCCCUGCCAAAGCCCCCCCACACCCAUCAGAGACCAGGUGCCCCUGGCCAGGCCUCCCCGCCGGGCAGGAACAGCUGUGCUCUGACCUCUGGGCCUCCCUCCGAGCUGGGUUAAACUUUGACUGAUUCCUAACCCCUGUUCUGUAAGUGUCACCUGGUCACAGUUUAAUUCCAGUCUGGGUGGCUUCAGUCUCCACUUCCCCCACCUCCUGUAACCAGCUUCUCCUGGAGGUCCAGGGCCAGCUGCGUCUGGAAGGAUGCUGGUGGCUUCAGGGUCACGCCUCACAGCUCCUGGUCCCGGAUGGAGCCAACCUGAGUGACCUUUGCUGGACAGACACCUGGAGAGCCCGGUGCCGGCGAGGGCGGUGGCCUCUGCCCCGCUCCAGGCUUCUCGGCCAGAGAAGCAGGUGCUGCUGUGGGGGAAGCAGGGCCCCCCCGUCGGCCCCUUUGCCCCGGGCCAGCUUCUGUGAAGUGGGCACCUCCACUGGGGCCCCCCAGGUGGGCUCCAUGGCAUUUUCUGAACUCCUGGACCAAGUGGGUGGCCUGGGCAGGUUCCAGGUUCUCCAGAUGGUGGCUCUGGUGGUCCCCAUCGUGUGGCUCACCACUCAGAGCAUGCUGGAGAACUUCUCGGCCGCCGUGCCCAGCCACCGAUGCUGGGUACCCCUCCUGGACAACAGCACUGCCCAGGCCAGUGUCCCCGGGGCCCUGGGCCCCAAGGACCUCCUGACCGUCUCCAUCCCCCCGGGCCCCAACCAUGAGCCCCAUCAGUGUCGCCGCUUCCGCCAACCACAGUGGCAGCUCCUGGACCCCAACGCCACGGCCACCAACUGGAGCGAGGCUGCCACAGAGCCGUGCAUGGACGGCUGGGUCUACGACCGCAGCACCUUCACCUCCACCAUCGUCUCCAAGUGGGACCUGGUGUGUGACUCCCACGCCCUAAAGCCCAUGGCCCAGUCCAUCUACCUGUCUGGGAUCCUGGUGGGAGCUGCGGUGUGCGGCCACAUCUCCGACAGGUUUGGGCGCAGGCUGGUGCUGACCUGGAACUACCUUCAGAUGGCCGUGUCGGGCACGGCCGCCGCCUUCGCCCCCACCUUCCCCGUGUACUGCCUGUUCCGCUUCCUGGCGGCCUUCGGCGUGGCGGGCGUCAUGAUGAACACCGGCACGCUCCUGAUGGAGUGGACAUCGGCGUGCGCCCGAGCCUUGGCGAUGACCUUGAACUCCCUGGGCUUCAGCUUCGGCCAGGUCCUGAUGGCAGCCGUGGCCUAUGGCGUGCGGGACUGGGCCCUGCUGCAGCUGGUGGUCUCUGCCCCCUUCUUCCUCUGCUUUGUGUACUCCUGGUGGCUGGCAGAGUCGGCCCGAUGGCUCCUCAUCACAGGCAGGCUGGAGCGGGGCCUGCGGGAGCUGCGGAGGGUGGCUGUCAUCAACAGGAAGAGGGUGGUGGAGGGCACGCUGACCACCGAGGCCUUACUCUCAGCCAUGCAGGAGGAGCUGAGUGUGGGCCAGGCCCCCGCCAGGCUGGGUGCCCUUUUCUGCACGCCUGGGCUGCCCCUCCGGACCGGCAUCUCCACUCUGUGCUGGUUCGCCUUUGGCUUCACCUUCUACGGCCUGGCCCUGGACCUGCAGGCCCUAGACAGCAACAUCUUCCUGCUCCAGGUCCUCAUUGGGGUCGUGGACAUUCCGGCCAAGAUAGGCUCCCUGCUGCUGCUGAGCCGUCUGGGCCGCCGGCCCGCCCAGGUGGGGUCCCUGGUGCUGUCAGGGCUCUGCAUCCUGGCCAACACGCUGGUGCCCUACGAGAUGGGGGCCCUGCGUUCAGCCCUGGCCGUGCUGGGGCUCGGGGGCCUGGGGGCCGCCUUCACCUGCGUCAGCAUCUACACCGGUGAGCUCUUCCCCACCGUGCUCAGGAUGACAGCGGUGGGUCUGGGCCAGAUGGCAGCCCGAGGGGGAGCGAUCCUGGGGCCUCUGGUCCGGCUGCUGGCUGUCCACGGCCGCUGGCUGCCCCUGCUGGUGUACGGGGGGGUGCCAGUCCUUAGUGGCCUGGCUGCCCUCCUGCUCCCAGAGACUCAGAGCCUGCCGCUGCCCGACACCAUUCAGGAUGUGCAGAACCAGGCGGUAAAGAAGGCAACGCGCAGCACCCCAGGGCCCACUGUCCUGAAAUCCACACACUUUUAAGCCUCCCGGGAAUUCUGCGAGGCGACGCUGGGAGGAGCACCUUCUCUCCUUUGGAGAAGGCAGGACGGCAAAGGCCCCCAUCUCUAGAAGAGGGCCCCUCUUCUAGAAGAGGCUGCCCCUCUCUGCCUGAGGAGCCACCUUCAACAAAGAAAGGGCCAGAGGACAGCUUCACUGGCUGGGGGCUGCCCCGUGCACCCUCACGGGACCCUCCCUCGUGACUGAGAGAAGGAGCAGGGACCCACAGGAACCUGUUUACCCCUGCUCCCCUCCUCACUGCUCACGGCCCCUAGCUGCCCACUGCCCCCCCGAGCUCGGAGGCCACCACCACCCACGGUCAAAUCUUCCCCAGCUCCUCACACUGCCCUGAGAGCCCCACACAAGUCUCAGCUCCUCAGCCAUUCCCCAAAGGCCCCCAGUCCCCCCUCUCUCCACAUUCCAGCCAAGGACCAAUCCUCCCCGUCCCUUCUCUACCUGACAAAGUCCCUCCCAGACCCAGGGCCCAGGGCCCAGCCCAAGGACAUAAUGAAACCCUUACCCACAGCCAUGGCCCCACACCUGACUCCCACACUCUGGCCUCGGAGUUCCCAGAGGGUUGGGGUGGCCGCUUACCCCUUGACCCCAGCUCCCACACAGAGCCUGGCAGGAGGGGCACUGGUGAGGGGGAGACAAAAGAGUGAAUAAAGGAACACAUGACAGCCCCUC